AGUUCCCCAUGCUGUCGGGCUGGUUGGGGCGAACAACCGUGUUACUCUUUCCCCCUUGUCAAGACGAGACAUCUGCACCCUCACAGAGGCUGACAGACACGGUGUGUGUGGAUCACAUUGGUCAGAGCUAGCCUUAAAUGGAUUACUAAUGAGACAGCAGUGCCGCUGGUUCGACUCCCCAACCCCAGAAGGCUUAAGUGGAAAUAAGAGGUGAGCUAGCUGUGCUACUAUGAAGCCUGAGGCCUUGCUGCUAUAUUUUUCGCUACUACAUUUUGCUGGGGCUGGUUUCCCCGAAGACUCUGAGCCAAUCAGUAUUGCACAUGGCAACUAUACUAAACAUUAUCCUGUAUUUUUGGGUCACAAACCUGGACGAAAUAACACACUAAGACACAAGCUGGACAUUCAGCUGAUUGUGAAAAUGAAUCGAACACUCUACAUUGCUGCUAGAGACCAUAUUUACACUGUUGAAAUGGAUACAUCCUUCACAGAGCAGAUUAAUUUUAACAAAAAGUUAACAUGGCGAUCUAAACAAGCUGACAUAGACAUAUGCAGAAUGAAGGGAAAGCAUAAGGAUGAAUGUCACAAUUUCAUUAAACUGCUUCUGAAAAGAAACGAUAACACCUUAUUCGUCUGUGGGACAAAUGCUUUCAACCCGUCGUGCAGAAACUAUAAGUUGGAUACCCUGGAUAUUUUUGGAGAUGACAACAUCAGUGGAAUGGCAAGGUGUCCUUAUGAUCCAAAACAUGCAAAUGUUGCACUUUUUGCUGAAGGCAAGCUUUAUUCCGCAACUGUAACAGACUUCCUUGCAAUUGAUUCUGUUAUUUAUCGGAGCCUUGGAGACAGUCCAACACUACGGACAGUAAAACAUGACUCCAAAUGGUUGAAAGAACCUUAUUUUGUCCAGGCUGUGGAUUAUGCUGACUAUAUCUACUUCUUCUUUCGGGAAAUUGCUGUCGAAUACAACACCAUGGGAAAGGUGAUUUUCCCAAGAGUUGCCCGGGUCUGUAAAAAUGACAUGGGAGGUUCUCAGAGGGUAUUGGAGAAGCAGUGGACAUCAUUCGUGAAAGCUCGUCUCAACUGUUCUGUACCUGGAGACUCUCACUUUUACUUCAACAUUUUGCAGUCAGUGACAAAUGUUGUCCGUAUUAGUGGCCGUGAUGUCAUUCUAGCAACAUUUUCCACCCCUUAUAACAGCAUCCCUGGAUCAGCAGUCUGUGCAUAUGAUAUGGAGGACAUUGCCACUGUCUUUAUUGGUCGAUUCAAAGAGCAGAAGUCUUCCGAUUCCACAUGGACGCCAGUCCCUGAAGACAGAGUUCCCAAGCCAAGGCCUGGCUCUUGUGCUGGUUCAGUGUUACUGGAAAAAUUUGGAACUUCCAAUGGAUUCCCAGAUGAUACACUCAACUUCAUUAAAACGCACCCUCUCCUGGAUGAAGCUGUACCUUCCAUUGACAAUAGGCCAUGGUUUUUGAGGACAAUGGUCAGGUAUCGAUUGACCAGAAUUGCUGUGGAUAAUGCUGCAGGUCCCCACCAAAAUUACACUGUGGUGUUCUUAGGAUCAGAGAAAGGAAUUAUCUUGAAGUUUCUGGCCAAAGCAAACAUGGGCUUCAUAAAUGACAGCAUCUUUCUGGAGGAGAUUAGUAUCUACAAUGCAGAAAAGUGUAGUGUUGAUGGUGUGGAAGACAGAAGAAUUGUGGGAAUGGAACUAGAUAAGCCCAGCAACUCUCUCUUUGUGGCGUUCUCCACUUGUGUUGUGAGGGUGCCUCUUGCUCGAUGUGAACGUCACAGCAAAUGCAAAAAGACAUGUCUUGCUUCUCGAGACCCCUACUGUGGUUGGCUGAAGGAGGGCUUAUGUGCACAACUAACACCAACAACUAAAUCGUUUGAUCAAGACAUUGAGCGUGGCAACACAGAUGGUCUGGGAGACUGCCAAAAUUCCUUUGUGGCACUGAAUGACUUUUCAACCACCCCACAAGGUCAUGAAAUGUCUCGUGAUACAAUACAUGGCCACUUCAGUUCUGCCUUUUCCACUACCACCCCUCCUACAGCAGUUAAGGAGGGUUAUGAUCCCCAUGGGCGGAUGCUGGAUCAGAAGAAUGUUGUUGUGUCCUCAGAAAGCAUAGACCCGUACGUGGCCAACCCUCCACACAAUCACCAUGAUACCAACGGAGUAAUCCGUGAAAGUUACCUCAAAGGUCACGACCAGCUUGUUCCAGUUACCCUUUUGGCCAUUGCGGUUAUUCUCGCCUUUGUCAUGGGGGCAGUUUUCUCAGGAAUAAUCGUUUACUGCAUAUGUGAUCACCGACGCAGAGACAUUAAUGUCGGGCAAAGCAAAGAGAAAGACUUGCCUCAUUCUCGCAGGGGUUCCAUGACCAGUGUCACGAAACUUGGUGGCUUGUUUGAUGCUCAGACAAAGGAACCGAAACCGGAAGCGUUGCUAACUCCACUGAUGCAUAACGGUAAAAUAGUAACUCCGAAUGGCACAACAAAGAUGCUGAUCAAAGCUGACCAGCAUCACUUGGACCUGACAGCUCUGCCCACUCCAGAGUCAACGCCAACUUUGCAGCAGAAACGAAAACUCAGCCGUGGGAGUAGCCAAUGGGAAAGGAACCAGAAUCUAAUCAAUGCCUGUACAAAAGAUCUGGCAUCCAUGGGAUCACCAGUGAUCCCCAUGGAUCUUCCUCUCCAUGCUUCUCCCAACCACAUUCCAAGUGUCGUGGUCCUCCCAACGACUCAACAGAGUUUUCAGCAUGAAUACGGAGAUCAAGGAAUCCGAGCAAUGGAACAAAUUACCAUUGAAGAUCAGAACGCAACGUUGGAAUAUCGGAGCAUGAAAAGUCCAUGUCACGGAUUAGUUGCAAACUUAGAUCAGGUGCCACCUAAAGUUCCUCAGAGGGAAGCCUCACUUGGAUCCACUAAUACUGGGUUGCCCCAGAAUUCUCUGGGCAAGCGACUGGAUGUUCCUACUCCUUCAUUUGCAAUGGAAUAUAAGAGAAAUUAUCCUAGCAAUUCUUUGCAAAGAAAUCCUCAAUCAUCUGCAUUCAAACGAAAUCACAAUACUAACUCCUCUAACUCCUCCCACCUUUCUAGGAACCCAAGUUUUAACAGAGGAGAGAAUCCUCCUCCUGCACCACAAAGAGUAGACUCGAUGUUAGUGAACGCAGGUCAGCUUCAGACACAGGCUGUAACCGUAUCCAGGAGAUCUAGCAUCAACGCACCAUACAACUCUCUGCCAAGAUCUGGGAUCAAACGCACACCCUCCAUAAAACCAGAUGUUCCACCAAAACCCACGUUUGUUCCCCUUUCAGGUUCCACCAAGCCAAAUGAUACAUGUACAUAAUCACAGUGGGAGGUAGAAAAUUAUAUGAACCCUGCUUCUUGAGUCAGUGCUUUCAACUGCAACACUAGAUUUGUGUUCCUUUUUUUAAAGAAAGCUGUUGUUAAGCUGAGGAUAUUACUUUCCCUUCUCCCUGGAAAAAAAAGGUGGAAUAUUUUCUUACGACUGCUGCAGCUACUGAACUCAGCAUUUGAAGGCAGGAUGAGCUAUUGAACUUCUGUUUGAGAGGGUUAAUGAUUGAUGCACAUGAACACGCUGGUGGGAUGAUGAGCCAAAAGCACAAGACUGUGGCAAACAUGUAAUGUCUCCUUGACUCUACAUCAUAUUACUCUCAAAGGAGAGAAGUUUAAAAACCAAGCACUGAAGAAGGUGACUCAGACUUAACAUUAGCUGAAGUUUACUGUUUGCAGAUACUGUGAAAUGCCUCUCAGUGUUACAUCCGCUUAAACAGCAGAUAUCAGCCAUUUAGGCAGGGCUUUGGCCUAUGUCUCUGCUGUUGUCCUUCUUGUAAUGAUUAAUGUGACUAUUAACACUAAUAGCUCCUGGUAUUUAUUAUUUAAGUGCUAUUUCAAAACAUGACUGAUUCCUUCAAAUGAAUUUAUGGAUAUCUCUUUAAAAAGAAUCAAAAAGAAGUCUAAAAUGUAAUGUUUGUAAUUAUUUAAAGCAAGUCAAUUAACUGGAGACAUUUGAUGCUUUUUUAAAAAAGAAGUAACAGUCCACUAACAGUAUGGAGGUGGAGAACUGAGCUCAGUGUUUCUACUCAGCUGCUGACAGGGUUAUCAAAGUGCUUGGGGAGGGGAGAAAAAAAAAGUAAAAAGAAAGGGAUAUUUAUUUUACUGUAGAAGGUUCAUUUCAUGGUCCAUGACAAACUGAAAGGAGGGAGUGAAUCAGUUAAAAUAUUCAGGUUUGUUCUGUUCGAGGAUUAGGAGAGGGAGGGAACAAAACUCUGAUAGUUUUGUUCCCUCCAUAAGUGGAAUUACUAUCUAUUAUGAAGAGGAUGUAUGAGGAUUAAACAGUCCUGUUAAUUUUGUCAGUAAUUGAUAUUUGAAAUGCAGGCACUAGCACAUCAUGUGCUCGCCAACUCAAUUUUGCACAUGGCACAGCAAAUGAUAGUAAUGGAUGGAGUGUGCUGAAAGGCAAGCUGUUACCAUGCAUAAAUCAUACUCCUGCUAUGCUGAUUCUAACUGGGAAUACAUCUGUGACAAAUCUUUUCUUCCAUGUGUAAAUUUGUGCCUUACAACAUCAGUUGUGUACAUUUCUAGCUAGUAAUCUACAAAGGUUUCACCCCCUUUUUAAAAAAAAAUGUUUCUGCUAAAUGUUUGGUGUCCAUUUGGAGUAAGUGCUGUCUGAAAGAAUAUAGGUUCUGACACGUCAAUGUCCAGAGAAAUCAAAUUUCAUUUAUCAUCCCAUAGUCGUGCCAAUGCUGACCACCUAACACCAUGUCAUUGCAGGAGAUCUGAAACUGGUCUACAGUUCUGUGGGAGUGUUUCCUUUCAUUUUUACUUCAUUUCAGCUGUAACAUGAUGUAUUCCCAUUGGCUAAUCCGGAAAGACAGAUGUGCUUUAAUAAUGUUUUUACUUGUGACUGGUGGGCAAUUGCUAUGAUAUCCAAUUGGCUUGUGCCUCAGUUGAAGGCACCAAUAAACCUACAUUGUAAAUGUUAUUGAAUUGGGAAAGCAGUCUUAGAGCAGGCUGGUUCCUGCUGGAGUAACACUGCUAUAAUAUGUGUAGCCAGGAGGAUAGUGAAAACCUUUUGGCACAACUGUUUCUAAUUAUUGUUUUACAGUUACAUUUUUCAGUUUAUCAUGCACGCUGAAUAGUGUUUUUACCUGUUAAAUAUUGUAGAAAAAAGGUUUUUAUUGAUUGAGCUGUUACGAAUUUUCUUUUUUUUAUUUUUUUACUGACUUUUUUGCAAUUUUCUUUUCUUCAGUUGGACACUUACUUGCAAGCUGGUUAGUGAUUUAGAGUGGUAGCUGGAAAAUUCCAUAAGGAACUAGACCAAAGUUUGUAACAAGGGUGCAUACAUAUUCUGCUAUUGUCUCCUCCAUUUCAAUACUUCAUUAUAUCAACUAGCAUUGAUGCAUUCCUUCAGGACAGUUUUUAAAAUUAAUUGCGCAUGUUUCAGACAAAUGAUGUGUUGGCUGUUUCUCAUGCCUUUUUUUCAUUGUUCAUGCUGUGCGAUUGUUUGUAAGUUAUGUCUGAGUGCAAUUUUAAUAUGUUGUUUGAAUUUUAACAUGAGAAAUUCACCAAUGCUUUUUACUCAGAAAUAAGUCCUGAUAUGUUAAUGUUGAAAAGCCAACAAAGUAUUCACGAAAAUUGAAUUGAUACAAAAUGUAAUGCCCUGAAAUUUUUUUUUGUGGACCCUUCUUUGCCCCUUUGCGUGCCUUUGAAGCUCACCCUUGAUAUACACUCUUAGAUACAACAGUCAGAUACUGGUUGUGUAAUAUGUAAAAUAUUGUGAUGUUGACACAAUCACUUUCCCUCCGCUCCACAACCCUAACAUUCAAUUCACAACUCAAAUGUAUGUUGUAAAAAAGACUUUAAUUAUUACAUAAUGUAAUAAAACAGACUGUUCUGCUGUA